AUGAAUACAUUAACAGACACAACUUAUGAAUGUAAACCAAAUAUUUUACAGAAGAAAUCAUCAAUUCGACAAAAUACUUCUUAUCGAAUAAUUCAUGUAACAAAAAAGACUAAAGACGAAAGUGACGAUGAAUGUGAUUUAUGCACACAAAAUAAAUAUAUGGCUGAUAAAGAAAAUUAUAGAAAAAUUAGAUAUCAAAAACGAUCUUUCAAACUUUCCACUCGAAACGGAUCAGAACGUUGGAAACGAAAAAGUACAAAAGAUAAACAAUUAUUAGUAAUUUCUAAAACAUCAUCAGAAUCAACAUCCACUAAUAUGAAAGACUCAGUAUUACGAGAUCGAUUAACAAAUAAUACAUCUCAAUUAAGUAUUCUUAGUGAUCCAACAUCAAAGGAAUAUCAAAAAGAAAAUUAUAUUGGAGAGUCGUCGUCAUCCGAUGUUCUAAUAGAUCCUAUUGAUGAAACAAUUAGUAAUAAUGAUGCUACACUUGACGAUUUACUUGCUCGAGCUGAUAAACUUGAAACAACAGUCAAACUACAAGAUUUCAAUAAAAUCCAACCACAAGUACAAGCACAAGCGCAAGUUAUUCUUUAUCGAAGACGAAAACGCCGUGUAAUCGCUGUUGGUACUGUUCUUACGACACUCAUAAUAAUAAUUAUUAUUAUUAUAGUCGCUGUGGUUUUGACAAUAAGAUAUAAAGCAAAAACUGAUCAAAUAUCAAAAUCUUCACGUAUUCAAAAUUCUUAUAAAUGA